AUGUGUAGCAAUCUUAAAAACUUUGAAAUCUACAAUCAAGAGUUUGCCCAGGAGCAGAAGCAGUAUGUGCCCCCGUGGGUCCUCUAUUUCAGCUGCCCUGCCGAACUGGAGCGGUUCCUGCUGGCACUGGACGCUGUGUGGAAGAGCACCUACCAGGUGGACCUUCUGCACAAGCCCCUCGAGGACAGCUCCAUCCGGAAGAAAUGCGAGGAUGCGCUGAGCCUGAUCCACAGCAUGUGGCAGCGCAGCGACAGCCUGUGUCGCGGCCGAGCUUCCCGGGACCCCUGGUGUUAGCCUCCCGGGAGGCGAAGAACAUCCUGAUCCCACCAGGCGGACGCAUGGAAGGGCGCACGAGGGAGGGGAGGACCUGAGGCAGGAGGGGUGCGGGCCUCACUUGCUUUGGACACUCCACGAGCCCAGCUCCAAGCCCAGGAGGGGGGUCUGUUUGCUACCGCUGCUAUUGACUCCGUCUCGCACACCGGUUGGGCUGACGGGUUACAGGACGCUUUUGUGCCAAGGGUGGGCUGUCCGCGCCGCAUCUCAGUAGGGAUUCUGGGUAGAAGAGGGAGCAGGAAGCAAGAUUUUUGGGGCCACUCCAGGGUAGGACGGGGUCCAGGAGAUGGGAGGGAUAAGCCGUGAAGAAUGGUGAGCUUAGGGUGCCAGUGGGGAGGGGCUUCUGCACAAAGUGGUGACAUUAGGCUGGCAGCUGUCCAUCUUUUAGAUGCCAGAGCCCAGACUGCAUCAUCCUCCCCCCGCAUGUGUUACUUUUGUCCAAGGCUGGCAGCAAGUCUUGGGCCACUUCCUGGUCCCGGUUUGCCCUUUGCA